AUGGUGGCGGGGACGCCGGAGGACGCGGGCGACGCCACGAAGGCGGGGAGAACCCGAGCCGGGGGCGCCGGUUCCAAGGGUGGAGGGAAGGCGGCGUCGGAGUUUGCCGCGCCGGCGCCGCCCCCGGCGAAGCGACCGCGCGGCGGCCGCGGCCACGGCCACGGCGCCGUCCACAGAAACUCGAGCGGGCUCCCGAUGAUGCCCCCGCCCGGAGGCGCGUCGUCGCGCGACCCGCACGGCGCGUUCGGCGGCGCCCCCGCGCUCAGCGCGGAGAACGCGAUGAAGGCGACGCAUAGGUCCAUCUUUCUCGCGGGCGGCGGCGUCUCCGGAUUCGCGUCUCUCUCCGGGGGGUCCGGGUUCCACGGCGCGACGGCGAACGCGAAGAUCAGCGGCUCCGGGAAGAUCCAGCUCCUCGGGGCGAGCGCGACCGGGACGACGACGACGACGAAGGGGAAUUUCGGCGCCGGCGAGGUUCCCGCGGUGGAUCAAAUCCGGGCGGGCGGUCAUCGUCGAUCGAGUCCGACGAGUCACGACGCGACGACGAAACGGGUGGAGGUCAUCGUCGGCGCGCGACCCAAGUACCACGGCGGCGGAUCGUUCGAGUACCUCGUGAAGUGGGUCAACCACGCGCACGUGCACAACGAGUGGACGGAGGAGGACCUCCUGGAUCAGAUGGCUCCCGCGGAGCUCGGGGAGUUUCUGCUGCAGCACGGCCGCGUGCCGCGGAUGCUGAUGGACGAGCGGUGGACGAUUCCUCAACGCGUGGUCGCGAUUCGUCCGACGCGACGCGGCGGCGGCGGCGGCGGCGGCGGCGGAGGCGGAGGCGGCGGCGGCGGCGGCGGCGGCGGCGGCGGCGGCAGCGGCGAUGGGAACCUCCCCACCGGCGGCGGCGGCGGGAGAGCCGGCGCGGGCGCGUGCCUCGCGCGCGACGCCGCCGCCGCGCCCGCGUCUGGAAGCGGCGGGGGCGAAGAAAAAGACGCCGACGCGGCGGCGCGCGACGGCGACGACGCGACGCCGCCGAACGACUCGGCGUCGCCGCCGCCGCGCGAGACCUCCCCGGACGACGACUCCUCUGACAUCGACGUGAAGAACACGUCGGUUCUCGUGAAGUGGUGGGGCCUGCCGUACGACAAAUGCACCCGAGAGGAGGAGGGCGCGACGAAGAACAACGCGGCGACCCCCGCCGGGGACGCCUCGGGCGGCAACGGCAGCGGGGACGGCAGCGGCGGCGGCAGCGGCGGCGGCGGCGGCGGCGGCGACGGCAGCGACGAUAACGCCGCCGGGAGCGAGGACAACAGCCCGAGCGACCGCAAGCUGCAGUCCGGGUCCGGCGGCGGCGCGCGCGGCGCGAACGUCGCGGAGAACGGCAGCGGCUCGGACGGCAGCGGCGGCGCUCCCGGCGGCUGCGGCAGCGACGUCGCGCCGCUCGAGAUUGACGGCCCCGGAAAGAUACGCGAGGGCACCUAUUCGAGCUCGCGCGACCCCGCCGUUCGAUGGCUCCUCUCCGCGUGGAUGCACCGAGAGGGCGUCGUGUUGACGUGCCCGCCUGGUAACACUCAGGACCGUCGGUUCCGUGACGUGCUCGCGCGGAGGUGCGCCGCGAUCGUCGGCACGCUCGCCGCGCAACGCGCCAACUUUGGCGCUCGAAACGCGCCCGCGCUCGUCAUCGUCCCCGCGGUGGUCCUCCCGAUCUGGGCCGCGGAGUUCGCGCGCUGGGCGCCGGAGCUAAACGUCGUGGAGUACUGCGGCAGCGCGAUGAGUCGGAACGUCGUGCAGGAGUACGAGUGGAGCCGCCGACGCGUGGAUCAGGAGCGCGGCGACGACCGGCGCCGUUGCGAGUCCGCGUCGCAGUCGCGCGACCGUCGGUUCGUCGUCGCCGUCAGCGAGAAGCUGCAUCGACAAAACGCCGCUACCGCCGUCGCCGGGAAGGAGGGCACGCCCGCGUCCGACGGCGGACGAAGCGGCGGCAGCGGGAACGGCUCCGGGGAGGCGACGAACACCAACGACGGCUUGAACGGAUCCGGCGGCGGAUCCGGCGGCGGCUCGGCACGCGACGUCGGCACCGAACGCGGCAAGUCUAGCUCUGGGUCCGGGAACGACGAUCGCGACGGCAGCGGCGGCGGGUCCGGGUCCGCCGCGCCGUAUCUCCCGUCCGCGUCCGCGAUCAAGGCGCCCUCCCCGCCCGGCGGCGAGGCGGAGAACGCGACCGCGACCGACCGCGACGCGCGGAGGACGCCCAGCGACGCGGGCGACGACCGCGCCGGCUGCGGCAGCGGCGGCGGACGCGGCGAGGGCGGUUCGAACCGCGACACGCAGUCCCCGAGCGGCGGCGACGUCGAGGGCGGCGCGGACCGUCGCGGCGGCGGAUCAGGCGGCGGCAGCGGCGACGACAGCGGCGGCGACGUGGGUCCCGGCAAGACGGGCAGCGGGUCCGGGAACCAGCCGGGGGGUUCGUUCGCGCACGGCGACGGAGACGCGGUGGACGCGAGAGCCAACGGGAGCGGGAAUAACAGCGGCGGGGAUAACAACGCGCUCGACGGCGGCGCCGCGGGAAGCGGCGGGACGCACCACACGCACGGCGGGAGCGGGAACGGCGGGAGCGGGAACGACCGCGACCCGGCGUCGGCGGCGGCGGCGGCGGCGGCGAAGGCGGUCGCGCCCGCCAUCGCCGCGGCGAGGCACCCGAAGUUCCACGUUCUCCUCGCUUCCAACGAAGCCGCGACGCAGGACUUGCUCUUGCUUCGGCAGGUGGCGUGGGAAACGCUCAUGCUCGUGGAGGACGUCGCGGAGCAGCGCUCGGGGACGAUGUCCAUGCUCCCUCGGAUCGGGACGCUGCAGUCCGCGAACCGCGUGUUGCUUCUGAGCGGCGCGCUCCCGCACACCAUCGGCGAGCUCCUCGCGGUGCUGGAUUUCAUCAAGCAGUCCCCGGAGGGCAUGCUCGCGCUCGAGCGCUCGCUGUUGGGUCUCGAGGACCGGAACGCGCUCAGGGAGGCGAGCGGGAUCUUGGAGCAGGUCACGUUGGACCUCGGGGUGUUGAAGCCCGCGAAGGCGCCGUCGCCGGAGAGCCGCGGCGGCGGGGCGACGGCGACGGCGACGGCGGCGGCGAUGGCGACGGCGACGGCGUCGGGGUCGCCUCCCGGGGUGGGUCGCGGCGCGAGCCCCGCGGUCGCCAUCGCGCCCGCCCGCGCGCACGCGCCGCACGCGCCGCCGCCGCUCGUGGCGCCGCACGCGCGCCCCGCGCCGGCGGUCGGUCCUCGCGCCGCCGGGCAUCAUCAUCAUCAUCAUCAUCACUUCCACCCGCCGCGGCCGCACCGCGCGGACUCGCCGUACCCGCCCGGGAUGUUCCCCCACGUCGCCGGCGCGCCGGUCGUCGCUCCCGGCGGGCACGGGCAUCAUCUUCACCACCACUUGCAGCACCCGAAGGCGGCGGCGAUGCAGCCGAUGCCGCCGUGGGCGAACGGACCGCCGCCGUCGUCGUCGGCGGCGGCGGGGACGGCGAACCCGAACGCGGCGGCAGCCGCCGCCGCCGCCGCCGCCGCCGCCGCCGCCGCCGCCGCCGCGGGCGCCCCACCGCAAGUCCAGAUGAUCCACGCGCUCAUGACGACGAUCAACCACGACCCCGCGGCGGCGGCGGUGAUGAUGCGACAGAUGCAGCACUUCGCGUCCGCGCAGGCGAUGCCGCCGGGCGUAUCCCCGCAGCAGAUGGCGCACGCGCAGGGGGCGCUGCUGCAGCAGAUGAUGGCCGCGAGCGCGAGCGCGGCGUCGGGGCCGAACGGCGGCGGGCAGGCGGCGAUGGUGCAGGCCGCGGCGGCGUUGGCCGCCGCGGCCGCCGCGGCCGCGGCGACCCCGGACCCAAAAGUCCUUAAGGAUCGGCGUUCACCACGCGAACGCGGUCGUAUGGGGACCAGUGUAAACGGAAACGAACCGCCGUCCGGGUCCGGGUCCGGGUCCGGGUCGGCGCCGGAGACGGCCGCCGGCGCGGCUGUCGUCGCGAAACCCGAGCCGGGCGCCGACGGAGGUGGCGUCGUCAAGAAGGGUAAGCGGUCCGCGCGCGCGCCCGCGAAUAAGGCUGGCGGGGGCGGCGCCGCGAAGAAGCGGAAGACGUCGACGUCGGCGGCGCCGGCGACGAAGUGCGAGGCGCAGGCGGCGGCGGCGACGGCGACGGCGACGGCGACGGCGACGGCGACGGCGACGGCGACGGCGACGGCGACGGCGACGGCGGCGGACGCCGGCAGCGGCGACGGCGGCGGCGACGGCAGCGAUGGCGACGGCAGCGGCGUUCCCGACGGCGACGACGCGGAGAACGGCGACGGUAGCGGCGGGAGCAGCAGGUCGCGUGCUGGGAAGAACGUGGCGGGCGCGGGAGGCUGA